GUUUGAUUUAUAAGCCUUGCCCCCUCAAACUUGGGUUAAGGAGGCACCUGCACUGGUUGUUCAUGGUUUCCACUUGAACUGCACCCCUGAUAGUACAAUCCAAUUGAUGGGUUCUCUUGGACUGCAAUCUAAUAUGGUAAUUUAGGCUAGGAACUUCUGAACAACCAAGGUUUUGAAAUGUGGAAAAAAGGCAAGGAGAAGAGAGGAUCCAGUACAGAGCAUGAUGAUUAUGUAAAAGCAGCUGCUUGGGCAUGGUAUCUGCGUGGAGCAGGUGCAAUAUUCAAGCACAAUGAAGAAUUCAAUAUGCAACCCAGGGAACAAUCCCUAAAUGAAAUAAGACCUACAAGGUUCAAGCUUGAGUCAAUGGGCCUUCUCAACAACAACAAUUGGAUGAAAAGCAAUUUUGCAAUACUGGAUAUAUUUGAAUCAGAUUUAGAUUCUGUUAGUGGGUGCACCAGUUUUCGUGGCUUGUCCUCUGUAGAAUGUGAAACAGAGAUUUGUAGGAGCUCUUUGUUUGAUUAUUAUGAACUUGCGGCACUUUUAAAGCAGCUUGAGCUUCUGUGUUGGGGAACUGUUAAUCCAGCUUAUAGGAAAGAAGUGCCCAUGACCAGGACGUCAUUGAUGGAUCAUGGCAUUUGUCCUGACCUCUGCAACAAGAAGCCAAAGGCUAGGUUACCCAGGAAUUAUUCUCAGGUGAUGAAUCCUGAAUACAUCAAUGGUAGGGAAAGUUCAGAGUCUAAGAAGAAGCAUCACCAUUGGAGUUUCUAUGACUUGGCUAGAAAGCUUCAAGCAUUUGGAAUUGGAGUUUCCUCAACUCAUAUGUAGAAUUGAGCUCAAUUUGAUGUGGUUUUACAUUUACAAGAAAAUUGUUCCAGCACUCGUAAGGAAUUAGGCUUCAGUCUUCUUGAAGUCCUUGCCAUGUAUGCAGGUGUGAGACUAUCGGACAUGUGUAUUGCAGGGCUAGCUGACCCUUUCUGGUAUUAUAUCUAAUGGCAGGAGUUUGGAUUAUGAAGAUGUCAUGUGCAUCCUCUGCUGGAGAGUUGCUUUCCUACAGAGCUUUGAACUAGGGAUCUUCCUCAUAAGUGUAGGUUAGUGUUUGAUCCACAAGCCUUGCUGUCUCAAACUUGGGUUAAGGAGGCACCUGCACUGGUUGUUCAUGGUUUCCACUUGAACUGCACUCCCAGUGGUCCAAUCCAAUUCAUGGAUUCUCUUGGACAGCAAUCCAAUAUGGUAUGAAUACAUGAUGCCUUCAUGGUUGUUUUAAAUGAA